AAGCAGCAGCUUGUCAGUUCUGUGAACUGUUCCCGUAAGCUAUUCGUCAAGAGAACUCCUCCUCGUGGUAUUCACUGAGCCAGGUUAGAGCCUACCUGUUAACUAAGCCAGGUGAAGGUCACCUUUUCCAAAAGAAACAGCAAGAGUCAGGUGAGCCGCUGUUGGCUGACAUUUGAUAGCUCGGAGCCUGUGUGUGAGGCCCGCAUCAAGGAGUGAGCAGUUGACGAUGGAGUUUGCGGGCAAAGUUAUUGUGUCGGCCGCUGUUGUGGUGAACCUAGCCCUCAUUUACAGGUUCUAUAAACUGCGGGCUGCCACUCCAGGGCGAGCUGUGGCAGAUUCGGGAGACCCGGAGAUCACGGAAUCGGGUGAACAGACCAACAGGGACACGGGGCAGGGUUUGCAGCCUUGGUUGAGUUUGCAAAGGGAGGAGAACGCAGGAAACCCAGCCGGCUACGGGGAUCAGUGCCUCAAUAAGGCGGAGUUGAAAAGGCGGACGGUGGAUAGGGCGAGUGACGGUUGUGAGCAGGGAUCAGAGCACCUCCAGGACGCAGCCAGCGGGAGAGGGAUGGUUAGAACCCACAAGCUGAAGGUGAAGUUUAGACGCCCACUGAGAAAGCACCUGGUCAGGAAAGGGCUAACAGAGGGACAGGAUAAAGCUCCAACUCAGAUAGCUUCAGGCCAUAGGGAGUGGGUCGACACCAGCUACCCAGCUGAGCAAUAUGACCGGCCCAAACUAAACAACACAAGCUCAGCGUGGGCUAGCGGAAUAAGCUGUGAAGGCGACACAACAGACGCGAAACAGAAUCGGUUCAUUAAUACCAGCUCGCCAACAUGUUGCAGUCGAGAACUGUAUGUUCGUAUCAACGGGGAGCCUCAGAGUCACAGCUCCUUUGACGUACCGAGUGCUGUCAACGGCACACACAAAGGAAAUCUGUCCGCAGGUCUUAUUGAGGAUCCCCACACUUCGCCUCCCUCCGAUCUGAUUAGUGACACGCCAGGGACAGCCAUGGGAAAUCAGCCUUCUGAACUCCCCGGAAACCAGAUUCAUGAGAACGUCACCUUCAGGCAGGGCACAGCAGGGGGUUCCAGAGCACAAGAGAAUCCCUCUAGUGUCUGUGAGUUACACCCUGACAGCGGAAUUGGAAGAUCCAGCCCUCUCCAUGUUUCCCCCACAUGUCAAGACAAACGUGAAAAAGUCAAAAUUGGCAAUGGAUCGGAGACUGGGCUAAACGUUCCACAGUUACGUGGGGAAGUGAAUCUAUCUGAUCACAAGAUCAUUUCACCUUCAGAAAUGGAAACCGAGUGGAAAGCAUGUGGGGACAGAAGUAACAGCUGUUCUGAUACUCAGAUUACACAAGAACCAGCUUCUCUUGACGUGGACCACCUCAAGACACCAGCUUCCCAGUGCAAGAGGAGAGGCCAGCACAGCGUGUGCCCCACAGGCGUUACUCAGGAUAACAUAGUGUUCUCUCAGAGCCUGACUAUCCGAACAGAAGUAGUCAAUUCCUCGGAAUCUGACUUCAGUCCUUCUGAGUAUCGAGAGGCUUCUGACAUUUCUUCUGAGGUACCUUGCAGUUCAAUCAAGUCUGCCAUCACAACUAUAAAGGAGGGAAGAACUGUCCUCAGGAAAGGUAGCAUUUCAGCAAUUGCAGAGACCCCAGCAUUUUUAAUUGAAUUUGACUCGGAGACAAGGGAGUGCUGGGAGAAAAAUCACUCUAAUGAACUGAACUCUAGAGCUCCUUCUGUUGAUGACAUAAGCUCCAGUUCCUUGGGCUCACUGGUAGAUUCAUUGUAUUUGUCCCAACCAGACCUCAGCAAGGAAACACCUGUGGAAGUUAUUGCCAGAGCUAAUUUUAUUCACAUCCCUUUGAACAAUCAAUCAACUGUUGAAGUCAUGAAAUGCCGCUUGGCUCUGGAGAACUGUUAUGAGAUUUUGUGCGUUGCAAAGAAACACAAUUUAAAGGACCUGCAGGAUGCUGCUUAUCAAGUCAUGAGUGACAAUUACUUACAAGUUUUGAAAAACCCAAACAUUUAUGGUCAAUUAAAAGCCGAUGAGAGAGAACUGAUCCUGAUGAGAAGGAUGAGUGGCAGAACAUAUUUAAUGGUAGCCAAUGUAGAUGUUAAAGAGAAUUACUGGGCUAAGGCCAUAGUUCAAACCAACACGGAAGAUCAAACCAGUGCCAGGCCACCAAAACCUCCUCAAACCAAGCACACAGUUUACUAUUACAAGGAAGAGCAUGAUUCUUGGUAUCCAUUAGUUAAUAUAGCCGUUGAAUCAAUCUCCAAAGAUUGUGCAUUGUGCACCAUGUACAAUUAUCUUUUUGUUGUGGCUGGUUGUCGGAGAUCUGGCAAGGAAAUCAAACUUUCCAAUAAGGUAUUCUGUUACAAUCCAGUGACAAACAUUUGGAGUGAGAUAUGUCCACUCAAUCAGGCCAGGCCCAAUUGUAAGCUUGUGGCUUUGGAUGGGUAUCUUUAUGCAAUUGGAGGAGAGUGCCUUUCUACAGUAGAGAGGUAUGAUCCUAGAACAGACAGAUGGAUCUUCAUUGCACCACUACCACAAGGAACCUUUUCUAUGACAUACAAAGCUACAGUGUGCAAUGGUGAGAUUUACGUGACCAGGGGUACCUUCUACUACCAGCUUCUCAAGUACAAUGCUAAAGAAGACACGUGGAAUGUUUGCAGCAUGAUGAGCAUGAAGGACAAGACCACUGAUAUAGCUGCAAUCAAAAACUUCAUCUACAGAUUUGAGAUUAACCAACAGCAUGGUAUCAAAUCCCUGCAGUGUGGAAACAGGCCCUUCAGCCCAACAAGUCCACACCAAUCUUCACAGCAUCCCACCCAGACCUGCAACCCACCGAAUCUACACGUCCCUGGACACUACGGGCAAUUUAGCAUGGCCAGUCUACCUAGCCUGCACACCUUUGGACUUUGGGAGGAAACUGGAGGACCUGGAGGAAACCCAUACAGACAUGGGAAGAAUGUGCAAAGUCCACACAGACAGUCGCCCGAAGGUGGAAUCAAACCCGGGUCCCUGGUGCUGUGAGUCAGCAGUGCUAACCACUGAGUCACCGUGCUGCCCAUUCCUCUGCCCUUCAUCUCUCUGCCUAUAAAAACUGUGUCUGUGUGCUCUCCUCUCACUGCACCUGACAAAGGGACCGCUCUCUGAAAACUUGUGAUUUCAAAUAAACCUGUUGGACUGUAAACUGGUGUUGUGUGAUUUUUGACUUUGUUCACCCCAGUUCAACACCAGCACCUCCACAUCAGCACUAUUAGAUUAGUUUAACAAAGUGAAUGAGAAAUGUCCCAAAUCUAUCCCCAAUUCAGACUGCGCAUAAUGUUAUACAGAAACUUAGAUGAACAAUCAAUGCUCAUAAUGCCCAUAAUUUUUGAGAAGGGUAGGAAAGAAUUACACAUGAAGUCUAUCCAGAGCUCAGUGGGUAAAAGGAGUGAGUAAUCAAGCUAUCUGUUCGAGGAAGAGCAAUCCUCAGAAGUGUUGCAAGCUCUGGUGGAACAGUCCUGUCCUUUCCAAUGGUAAGUAAUCACGAAGUGAUGGCUGCAGGAGAUCAAACCCAGCUUCUUUGCCUUCUCUGGUCCAAUAGCCCUUUGCUGCUAAGAGUCCAGGUUUAUACAUAGCCACGUGGGUCAGGCAGCAGAAAUACUUAACCCAUAUUCAAGGCAAUGUGCCUCGAAGAAAGAUCAAUGUUUUCGGAACAAAAUCAAAGUAAAUUAAGAUCUUUUAUAUUGCAGUAGUCAGCCAGGGUGCUUUGUAGGCUGCUCACAGCUGACUCCACUGUGGGGAGAAUGCCAAACAUAAAAAAGGUCAUCUUUUCACAUCAGAAACUUUUACAGUUCCUCUACUGCAGAGUUCCCUGGUUGAAUAAAAUCAGUGCAAAUGUAUAAAAAAAGAGAGCCUGAGAAAAACACAAAUUUAAAUUAUUAUUUAAAUUAUUUUCAGAAAGUCAUGCAGAAGGUACCCUUGCAUCUUAAGUGAUGAGUGAUGCUAAUUCUUUUCAGGGUCACAUUACAUCAAAAUGUCUUUUUUCUGGCUUCAAGACUAAGAUUGGGAAAACUAUAUGUUAAAAAGGAAGGGCUAAUAUGCCAUAUGAAAGAUAAGGGAACAGUUUGAUCAAUUCAGUUCCUGUUUUGGCUGAGAUAGGGUGAGGAUGCCAGCCCGGAGUCUAUGUGUAGUUCAAAUCAAUGGACCUUGCUUUGUUUCAGCAAAGAAUUACCAAGGACCUUCAUUUUCUCUGAACAAUGAAGGUGUUCUAUAGAUGUGCUCUAACCAAGGUUUUAUCAGCUUCCAUUUGGAAUAUAUUAAGCUAAACAGCUCAGAGUCCAACUUCCACCUGGAACACUUACCAGAUGGAAUUAACUUUCAUAUGUUUUUCUCAGUGCUUAGCUUCUCUAACCAAUGCUAUGAACCAGGAGCUCAGUGCCACAGUUUUCUUCAUUUGCUGGCACUGCUGUAUCGCAAAGCCAUUUGUACAUCAACCAAUAUGAUGAAAUAAUUAUAGUUUGAAACUUCUGUUCUAUGCUUAGGGUCACUCCUCUCCUGCACACAAAGCCCUAAUCUCUGUAAAAGGAAUAUGAAGCAGACGAAGCGAACUAAAUUAGGUCUCCUCUGUCAGGAGUGGCAGUGACAGAUGGGCCAUCCCACACUCUACUUUUCAUUUGCAAAUCAGACUGAAAAAUGAAAGGGGUGAGAUGGGUCAUCUUAUAUGCGUGCAUAUGAACAUAUUAUUUAUAUUUAUAAAUACAGAGUGAUCGUUUUUUUUUACAUCAGGCCUUAUCGUGCAGCAGUAGCCUUUGUACCAGAAGGUUUGGGUUAAGAGUCCCACAUCAGCAUUUAUUGGCCAUGGAAAGUACAUUUGUGACUUGGUCAAACAGAUGAUUAUCAAUUGUAAAUCCAUCCAAUAUAUCUGAUGAAGGCAAUAAGAGUGCAGGAGUUUCUUGGUCAGCUGAAGACAAUGGCAGACCUUUGCUGUACUUUGGUAAUAAGUGUGGGCCAAUCCAAUGGAAAUCCAUGGUCCAAACUUUGGAAAUGAGAAUAGAAGAAAAGAAAAACAGAUUUCUGGCUUUGUAUUAUUGAAUAUAAGGAUGUUACAGUACAAGAAGACCUAAUCUGCUCCAUUGUGAAUGCUUUAUAGAGUCAUAAAGCAUGGAAACAGACCCUUUGGUCCUACAUGUCCAUGCCGACCAAGUUUCACACACUGAAUUAGUCACACUUGCCUGCAUCUGGCCCAUAUUCCUCUAAACCUUCUAUAUUUGUGUACCUCAAAAUGUCUUUUACAUAUUGUAACUGUACCUGUGUCUACCUCUUACUCUGCAGUUCAUUCCAUAUAAGGAUCACCCUCUGUGUGAAAAAGCUGCCCCUCAGGUCGCUUUUAACUCCUUUUCCUCUCACCUUAAAAAUAUAUUCCCUAGAUUUGGACUCCCCUACCCAAGGGAAAGGACAUUUGCUAUUCAUCUUAUCUAAGUCCCUCAUGAUUUUAUAAAGCUGCAGAGGUCACAGCUCAACUUCCUAUAUUCCAGUGACAAAACUCCCAGCCUAUCCAGCUCCUCCUUAUACUAAACCCCUCCAGUUCCAAUAAUAUUUUGGUAAACCUUUUCCAAACCCUCUUCAAUUUAAUAAUAUCCUUCCUAAACCAGGCUGACCAGCAUUGUACACAGUAUUCCAAAAGUUGCCUCACCAAUUUCCUGUAUGACCUCAACAUAUCAAUAGUCUGGGCAAUGAAGGCAAGUGUGCUAAAUGCUCUCUUUACCACCCUGUCUACCUGUGAUGCAACUUUCAAAAGACCAUGUGUUGGAACCCCUAGGUCUUUCUGUUUGACGACUGUAGCCUGGGGCCCUACGAUUAACUGUAUAAAUUUUACCCAUGUUUAUUUUACCAAAAUGCAACACCUUACAUUUUUCCAAAUUAAACUCCAUAUGCCAUUCCUCAGCCCCAUUGGCCCAAUUGAUCUAAUCCCUUUGUAAUCAUACACAACCUUGUUCAGACCAUAACUUACUAACCAUGCCUCCUAAAUUCUCAACCAAGUCAUUUAUAUAAAUGACAAACGAAAGUGGAUCCAGCACUGAUCUCUGUGGAACACUACUUGUCACAGGUGUCCAUGAUAAACAACCCUCCACCAACCUCUGUCUCCUACCAUGAAGCCAAUUUUGUAUCCAAUCAGCAAGCUCUCCCUGAAUCCCAUAUGAUCUAACUUUACUAAACAGUAAACCAUGCGGAACCUUGUCAAAGGUUUUACUAAAGUCCACGUAGACAACGUCGAUACUGCUUUAAAGAGCUUAGGUCAAGUUCAAAGGUGGUCAGUUUGUGAAGUGUUUAUUGCUGACAAAUUAAAACCACUCUUGUCAGACUCUCUACAACAUAAAAACUGUAACCAAACUUAGCAGAGUUUUGGUUGUGCCAAUCUUGCCUGACCAGAGCAUGGAGCCAGCAGUACAAUUCCUAUCUGACAACCCAAACAUUGUCUAAACAGGUGCCUGCAGGAGACCAGCACUCACGGGUGUUUCCUGAAAGGUUGGUGAGCACACAGUGGCUCUCACUGCUGGGCUCUUGAAUGAUAGUAUGAGACUCCUCUUCAGGUGAAAUCUGCAUUUGAGACUGCACUUUGUACAUCUUUUGAAAGCUGCAGUGAUGAAUGUGUUUUAAAAUAUUUAAUUUACAAUUUUCUAGUUCAAUGGUGAAAUUCAACACUGUUUGAAAUCAUAUAUU